AUAACGCGGCCGGUGCUUCAUGGCGAGCGCGGCUCGUCGGGCCGCGGCCUCCCGUCAGCCUCCAUCCCCGCCAGCGCAUAAACAGGCUGUACAAGGGGGCGGGCUGCCGGGCAGGCUCCAACUACCGGGCUCGAGGAGGAAGAGGAGUGGCUGGCGGAGGAAGGAGAGGAUAAAAAAACUUUAUCCAGCGCUUGGGAUUGUGCUUGCAGUAAUUUGUACCUCAGCUGUUUCAUCCGCGUUGCAGCUUUUCCCCCAGUGUUGGGUCAGAAAGACCUUCAGAAUGAAAACCUAGAAGGGUUUUGUAUACCUCUUUGCAUAAUAUUGCGUGAAAUGGAGGAAAAGGCAAGAGGAGUAUCUGGACGCCCAAGAGCAAGUUUAUUCUGCCACGACCAGGCUUUCAGCAUCUCUUGGUUCAAUGCCUGCCUGCAGGAGACAUUACUGCCUGGGAAGCCGUGGCAUAAGGUUUUAGAGAGACUGGAAACUGCUUUCGCUGAUGAAAUAAAACACCAGAUAAGAGAUCCAAAGCAAAGAGAAAUGGCUUUCCAUCUCCUUGGCCAGAGCUUUGUUAGAAGAUAUUUCAGCGACUGUCCCAUUCAGCCUGAAUCACUAUCCUCCAGGGACAUGAGUGAGAUCAACAAGAUGAAACUGGAAAAAGCUACAAAAGUCUGGCUACAGAAUCAGUGCUUUAAAGCAGCAGAAAAUAUUCACUGUCGUUUCCGUUUGGACUUCCAGUUGCAUAUCAGACCUGAACUACACCCCCCUGUCCUCAGCUGCCCAGAGAGUGAUUUAUUACGCGAUUUGCUCUGUGCCAUAAUCUCACGAGAUUCUAAAAAUAUGUCAGCAGCGUGUGAAAGUCUUAGUGGGAAACUGCUUCCAAGGUCGCUUCGGCAAUUUAUUUGGAUUGAUAAACUCCUGAGGGCAAAUACUGAAAGACACAAGACUGAAGGACUCAUGUCUACCGAGAGAGAAGGCAGAGGAGAGUUUGGGCAAACCAUAGCACGGCAGAUGGCUGAACUGAAGCUCCAAAGUGCCACCCGCUCACCUCUUUCAGGUCUUAUUGAAAAUGCAGUUGUGGAGAAAUAUCGAAGCAUUCCCUGUAUGUGCCCCUUUGCUACAAAUGAGCAGAUGAUUUUGGAGACCAGCAAAAGCUUAAAUGUCUUGUAUGUCUUUGACGGUACCUAUGAACCCUACCUUAUCAACUGGCUUUUUCCUUUGCAAAUGGCAUUCGAGCAAAUCACGUCAAGAGCAGAACACCCGUAUGAAUUAGCCAUGUACUUGCAUUCUCUACACCAGAACCUAUUCCCAACUUGGGGGAAAAUCUUUGUAAUCGCUGAGUCAGUGAUGAGCCUUCUGGAGAAGGAAGAUACAGAACUCUUUGCUCACCUUCAACGUGCUUUCAGAAAGAAUAUCACAGUUGACCCUAAAGAUUUCUUGGUGGAACUGAUACUUCAGGAAAGAGAGAGCACUCAAGGGACCUGCGUGGUUAAAAAUGGAUUCCAACCAAGGCCGAACAAAACUAAGGAGCUGCUGGCAAGCCCAGUCGUUUUCCUCAGGAAAUGGAUGGGAGAGGGGUUUGUCGGUGUGCUGAACUUGCCUGCGGUCUUGUUCGUCUGGGACCAGCUCUUCACGCAAGACUGGAACCCGGACGUGAUGCAGAAUGUCUGUGCCUCCGUCCUCCUGUUGUUAAAAAAUUCCUUCAUGGCAGCAGAUGACUACCCAGCAGUUCAACAGGUGUUUCUGUCUUCGCCUUCCCGUCUUCUCACGGCCGAUAUUCAGAGGGCCUGGAUUUACUUGCAGCAAGGGGGCUUGCCUGCUGACGUUCCAGGGCUGAACAGGCUGAAUCAAAGGGAAGAGCUGAAGCCCAGUGGCAGAGCAUGUGCUUGGCAUGCAGAAGGUUCUGCGUUCAAUUUCCAGGUUGAGCUGAGAAUGCUUGAAACCCUGAAGAGUUGCUGCCGGCCUUGUCCCACAGUACUGGGCUAGAUUAUCUGACUUGGUAUGUUCCUAUCUUCCUUGGACGUCAACCACCAUAAUCUUGGGACUG